UAUUGGCUGAAAGCAAUCUAUUAUGGUGAUCGUAAAAUAACAUAUUUAUUUUUGAAAUAAUUAAAAUUUGUUUUAGCAACGUUAUUUGUUGUUGGCCAAAAAAACUGAAACAAAUUAGUAUAAAAGAUCUAGUAAACUGAAAAUGUAUUGGGACUUUUAGUCUAACCAGCGAACGAAGAACAUACAAGCUCUUGUGGAAGCCAAAUUAGUCUAUUAGUCUCAGUCGCGUCGAAAUCAAAAUUCAAAAAUCUUGAAAUCAACGCGACAAUCGCAAGUCGAACAUAUUGACUAUUUCUGAAAACAGCCAUCAAAUUCGGUUGCGAUAAUAUUGAACAUAAUUAUGGCGCCGUUAGAGAUAGAAGAUCGAAUUGUCAUAAGAUAUUAUGAUUAAAUGCAAAAUUUAACAGUUACCAAAGUAAAUGACAAGAAUCGUGAACAGCCCGAAGAGUAUCGCGUUAAACUUCAAGGAAUAAAUGGAGAAUUUUUUGACACGGUCUCGAUGAAUAUCCUUACCAAUGUUAUCAAAAAGAAAGAAGUAUUUAAUAUCGCUUUUAUUAUCAAAAAUGAACUCAUGUUGACAUAUUCAACAUCUAAAAAAAGUCUCAACGCUCAGAUUUGGAAUGCUGAGAAUUUGAAACCCAAAGACGUCGACAAUAGAUAUGAGAAGAAUACAAAGAAGAAUGCUUACAAACCUGGACUUAAGCCGAACAAUUACACAGCAUAUAACGCCAAAUGUUAUCCAGUGAACAAUGAAAAGCGUUAUACGGCCCAGGAUAGACUUAUGAAAUACCGCAAAACUGAAGAACCACAUCAACCAAAUAAAUUCAAACAUCCCGAUAAUAGACAACAAUACAACACAAAUAAUACACGUUAUUCAGCUCAAGACCGACUUAAACAGUACAAGGAAAUCGUUACUUCGAAAGAAACGCAGCCUAAACAAUAUGUCACUAAAAACACAGAUAUAAACCGAAAUGAAGUUAAAGUAAAAUACUGCAAAGAACAAAAUCUCAGCAAUGAUAUAAAAAAAGACCCAUGUACCAAGAAACCAACAUUAACACUAGACGAGACGCAAAAAGUUAGUUAAUUAUAAUUAUCAUACAAACAAUCUAUUAUUACUAUAUUUCCACAGAUAAUGAUAGUUCAAAAACGAGCGAAGACAUGUUAUCUUGUACACACGAUGGAGAGUAGAAAGUCUGUUAUCACCUUGUGCGAUAAACUACGCGAAAUGGAAAAUAACUUGAGACGCAUCCAGAAAGUUGAAAAGUACGACAUGUGCUUGAUAUUUUUUGGCGCUGAAUGGUACCGUGGGAAAAUUAUGGACGAGACGAACGAUGGUAUGUUAAAAAUUUACUUGAUUGACACAGCACAAAUGAUGUUGUUUAACCAAAAAGAAGUCUAUGAGAUGCCAAAGCACUUCGAAGGAGAGUCUUUAUUAAUUGAUAUUGUCGUAACAUCACCGCCAAAAGAAAUGUUAACUACUGUUUAUGCUAACGUAGAAGCAAUAAAAACUAUUGGACCGAGUACGGUGGUGAAACUGAUUUGAUUAUAAAUUACUAUACUACCUUAUAACUCCAAUUCAUUUGCAUUCGACAGUUAACGUUGUUAACGGAGAUUACGCACUGUCAAUGAUGUCUUUUUUUCAUUAAAAAAACUCUUGUUUACGUUUAUUAUUAACUGUUUGCAUUUUCAUAACCAAGCACUUUAUUUCUUUAUUUAUUGUUUAAAUAUUUGCUUGUUGUCAUAUUAUUUAAUUUUUUGUUUUAUUCUUCAAUUUUUUUUGUUCACAUAUAUUUAUUUUUGUCUGAA